UUAAUGUGUUGCGUUAUUUAUUGCUCAGAAGUCUUUACAAUACAAACACUCAGUGCCACUCAUUUUUCUUCUUCUUUUUCGCUAACAUUGUUCCCUUACUCUUUGGCUUUGCAUGCUAUAGAUAUGGUGGACGCUACUGUUAGCUUCCUGUUUCAGAACUUGCAACAGCUUCUUGGCGAUGAAUUCAAGUUGCUUUCGGGAGUUGAGGACAAAAUCAACUCCCUCUGGAAGGAGCUCGAGUUUAUAGACAUCUUCCUCAAGAGCUCCAUUGGUAAGCGCAACGACGAGGUUGUCAAAGUAGUGGUCAACCAAAUCAGAGAUGUUGCCUUUAAGGCCGAGGAUGUUAUCGACAUCUACGUCGCCAGCGUCGCCAAACAUAGAAGUAGAAACAUAGUGAGCAAGUUAUUCCACUUAAAGAACGUUUAAUGGUGCUUCACGACGUGGAUGCUGAGAUAGCGAACAUCAAGAACCGUAUUGAUGAGAUCUAUAAAAACAGGGAGAGAUACGGCAUCAAAGGUGCAUCCACAAGUGAAGAUAUUGAUGCUAUUGCUGCUGAAUCACUCCGCGAAAGGAGGAAGGACGUGGAAGAAAAAGACAUAGUGGGGUUCGUGAAUGACUCAAACUCUGUGAUUAAGAAGCUCGUGGGAGAGGGUGAUUCAGGUCGCAAAGUUGCUUCCAUAAUUGGCAUGGGAGGGUUGGGUAAGACCACUCUUGCCCGGAAGAUUUAUAACAACGAACAAGUGAAGAAGUGCUUUCCUCUUCGUGCAUGGGGUUAUGUGUCCAACGAUUAUAGAGCGAGGGAGCUUUUGCUGAGCCUUCUCAAGUGUUUGCUGUCCACAUAUGAAUAUCAUGAUUUGUUCAAGAAGAAGGAAGAUGAAGUUGAAGAUAUUGCUGGAAGUGAGGAAAAAUUGAAGACAAAGGUGAGAGAAUGCUUGAAGGGGAAGAAGUACUUUGUAGUGCUUGAUGAUAUAUGGAAAACUAAAGUGUGGAACAGCAUAGAGGAUGCCUUCCCAGACGAUGAUGAUGGCAGCGUUGGCAGAAUACUGAUAACUAGUCGUGAAAUGGAAGUCCCAAACUAUGUUGGAACCAUAUCUCCCUACCACCUUCCCUUUCUCAAUGUAGAAGAAAGUUGGCAUCUCUUCUCUAAGAAAGUGUUUCGAGGUAGAGAGUGUCCGUCAGAUCUCGAGCCUCUCGGUAGAUCCAUUGUUGAGACUUGCAAGGGCUUGCCUCUUGCCAUUGUGGUCUUGGCUGGGCAUGUGUCGAAGAAAGAGAAGUCAGAAAGAGAGUGGACAAGAAUCAAGAAGAUCACUUGGGAUCUUACUCAAGACAAAAUGAAAGUGAUGGAUAUACUAAAGCUUAGCUACGACAGCCUGCCUCAAAGAUUGAAGCCAUGCUUUCUGUAUUUUCGAAUCUAUCCUGAGGACUAUGAGAUAAGGGCCAGGGAUGUGAUUCAAAUGUGGAUGGCUGAAGGGUUCAUUCAACCACGUGAAGCUGCAAUCCAAGGUGCAGCUGAACCAGAAGAUGUUGCAGAGUACUACUUGGAUGAGCUAGUGGAUCGGAGCUUGGUGCAAGUGGCAAGCAGGAAGAGCGAUGGGCGUGUCAAGACAUGUCGAAUUCAUGAUCUUCUUCGCGAUCUCUGCAUAUCAGAGAGCAAAUCUGAGAAGUUUAUGGACAUCUGCACAGAUCCCAACAACAUGGAUACCCUGAGCAAUGCUAACCCUCGUAGAUUGUCCAUCCAAUGCAAGGAAUGGUCUAAUGUCUCUACAAACAAUUUGAAUCAGUUGCGCAGUCAUUCCUUGUUCUUCUUUUCUGAGGGGAGAGAUUUGCCAGUUCGUCCAAAAAGCUUCAAGUUGGCUCGCCUCAUAUAUUUCAAAGCCGAAGGACUCAUGAUUGAUUGGAAGAGGAUGGUCCAUCUAAGGUACUUAAGAAUAGAAUCAAGUGCCAGUAUUAUUCCAACUUCUAUACGCAACCUCAGGAAUCUAGAAACGCUUGAUGUACGUUUUGCAGAGAUGGUCCCCAAAGAAAUUUGGAAGCUCAACCGAUUGAAACAUCUUUAUAUAAGGAUGUCUGCUUUGAAGGUAGAAAUCCUACCAAAAUCACAAAGGAAAAUAAAGGGAAACUUGCAAACCCUCUUGUUAACAUGUUCUAAGGGUGAAGAUUUGGUGUCCCUGCUAAACAAUGACAUAUUUCCCAGGUUGAGAAAAUUAAUGUUUUGUUCUUAUUAUACUUCCAACAAACCAUUACCAAGUCUAAACCACCUCACCAAUCUCCAUAGCCUCAAAAUUAAUAACUACCUAGAACUUCCAUCAGACGCAAAUGUGUUUCCAUCAAAUCUUACAAAGAUAACCUUCCAUGAUUUCUCAGAGCUGGGGAAUGUACGCAUAUUUGUGAAGAACAUGAAGACUGUAGGACAGCUUGCCAGCCUCCAAGUUUUGAAACUAAUAAAGAUCUAUACUGGUGUUUACUUUGACAUUAAUUUUGGAGAUGGAGAAUUUCCACAACUUAAAGUGUUUCAGAUGAGAGGAAUUACCGUCAAAAGUUGGAGAUUAGAGAAAGGUGCAAUGCCGUGUCGCCAAAAUCUGGUAAUCGAUAACUGCCUUUGGUUGGAAGAGAUUCCUGAAGAACUCUGGUCGUUGACUACCUUACGAGAAGUGCAUGUUUCGAACCCCAACCGAAGAUUAGCUGACAGACUCCGAAGCGUUGAGUUGAAGAACGGUUGUAAGCUCAUACUCUCGAAACUUGCUUCGGAACUUAGGUCCGAAGAAGAGGGUAUAAAUUAA